AGGCAGAAUAAUCAUUCUCGUUUCGUGUUUCGAAUGUGGUUUUGUGCGGACGUCUAGAUUAGAAGUACUCCGAUUGGGAUUCUUUGUUGAGCUUCCAGAUCCUACCUUGUUCGAUGUGGAUAUGAUGCGUUAUAUUUUUAGAUGAAUAUAUUGUUGACAAGACCUGAUUUACAUUGUUAGAAAGAAUGGUUGUUCGCCGAGGCGCACCUGUGAGGGCGUCAGGAGACCAGAAGCUGGCCAACAAACAGGGGGCCGACUUCUUGCUUCUCAUUGCGGGACUUUAUGCGGGCUCCGAACCUGGUUUGUCGCGGCACGCCGUGCGCCAAGCGCGCAUAAUAGCCGAAGGAAAUGCGGUAGCAAGUACGGGUGCUAGGGGUAGCAAUUCUUUAACAGCUCCUGGCACGACUGUCAAAGUAGGAUCUGGUCUGCCCCACUCCAGCAAAAGUGGAGGGAAGAGAAGUGUGGUUGCAGGGAACGCUGCGUUUUGCGGCUGCUGUGGACAAGUCCGGGAACGGACUUCUUACAACCGAGGGUCGGAAUCAACACAGAUGAAUCAAGGAACGCAGUGCCGUCUUUGUGGUUUAGCUUUUACUCGGCGACGAAAUAGACCGUCGGAUGACAGAGCUGUUAAGAUGAAAACUGCGACUCAUACUGGCGCGACCGCCGCAUUAGAGAAAGCAGCACUACCAGGAACAGCAGCAGCGACGUCCGCGGAAAAAGCUUCUAGCGUUUCACAGAGCUACGGGAACCGAUCGCGGAAUUCAUUGGAUGAUCGGGCCAACAAAAACGCAAUUCGCCCUCUCUCUCGCAAUGGUCUAGCCAAUGACCACGCACAGCGAAACAGAGAAGUACUUCCAGGCAAGAACCGAAUGGAAUCUUCUAUAACGACAAAUAAGAUGGAUCACAUGACGCAAUCCUUAGGCAGUCUUCGAAACCUACUGGGGGGACAGCCGAUGACACCUGCCGCAAGCGUUGCUCCUCCGAAAGCCGUUCAACAAAGCUCAGGGGCUCAAAGCUCCACGGCCGCUUCUCGAAAGAGACAGCGACAAGCGACAUUUGAUAAAAGAAGUAAAGGGAAAGCGGCUUCCCAGCAAUCUGGCAUGAGCGGCUUCGGGGUCUUGUGAGAAGCGUGCGCGUACUUGUGCUGGCUAGUAAAAACGACCUCCAGGUAAAGAUAUCAAAUACAAAGCAACGAUGAAAGCAAAAAAGCCCUUCGUGUUGCGAAGCGCUCCCCACGGAAUCGGGAAAACGCAGCGAAAGCAUCAAUCCGCCGACUGAGGCGUUGAAUACGGCGAGUGCGGUGAGACCGCUGGGCUCUUGCCCAUCUUCCACGGGAGCCGCGCAUGUUGAUGUUUCCCGGGUAUGCCUAAGAAGGGGAUUGCGCACUACGACGCAGGCCUGAAAGUCGAGGCUUCAGAGAACCACAGCCUUGCGAAAUAAAUAGCAGGUUGAAACUUGCCGGAAAAUGAUUUGUGAGCACAGGCGCGGAGAAAAAGCGCGCUGGGAGACGAUUGCGUGCUUCACCGCACUUCGUUUAUUUGGGUGGUGGAGCAUAUCUUGUGUCACAAAUGGGACCUGUUUCUCAAUAAUUUAGAUUUAUCACCCGCCCUUCACCCACCUUUAUUUGAAU